UAUUAAACCAGCCAAUCUCUCUCUCUCUCUCUGAAUCUCUCUUCUUGAGGAGUAGUACUACCUGGUCUCCAGCGAGAAAGUCUCUCCCCUUUCUCGGGCGGUCUCUGGAUUCUCUCCCUCUUUUCCAUAUCGGCCUUCUGGGAUUUUAAGGAGGAGAUGUCGAAAGCCGGAGUUCUCGAUCUCGCGUCCGGCCUCGGCGGCAAGAUCGACAAAACUGACGUUCUCUCUGCUGUUGACAAGUAUGAGAAGUAUCAUGUCUGUUAUGGAGGUGAAGAGGAAGCAAGAAAAUCCAACUAUACUGAUAUGGUUAAUAAAUAUUAUGAUCUGGUCACCAGUUUUUAUGAGUAUGGUUGGGGAGAGUCCUUCCAUUUUGCACCCAGAUGGAAAGGAGAGUCUCUUCGAGAGAGCAUCAAGCGGCAUGAACACUUCCUUGCCUUACAGCUAGAACUGAAACCUGGACAGAAGGUUUUGGAUGUAGGUUGUGGAAUUGGAGGGCCACUUAGAGAAAUAGCCCGGUUCAGCUCAACGUCAAUUACUGGGUUGAACAACAAUGAGUAUCAGAUAGCAAGAGGAAAGGAACUUAAUCGCAAAGUUGGAGUAGACAAGACCUGUGACUUUGUAAAGGCCGACUUCAUGAAAAUACCAUUUCCUGAAAAUACGUUUGAUGCAGUAUAUGCAAUUGAAGCUACCUGCCAUGCACCAGAUGCAUAUGGAUGCUACAAGGAGAUUUAUAGAGUACUAAAACCUGGUCAAUGUUUUGCUGCAUAUGAGUGGUGCAUGACUGAUUCGUUUGAUCCCAACAAUGCAGAACAUCAAAAAAUUAAGGCAGAGAUUGAGAUUGGUAAUGGCCUUCCGGAUAUCAGAUUGACAGGAAAGUGCCUUGAAGCUUUGAAAGAAGCUGGUUUUGAGGUCUUAUGGGAGAAAGAUCUUGCAAAGGAGUCGCCUCUUCCUUGGUACUUGCCUUUGGACAAAACUCGCAUUUCACUUAGUAGUUUCCGUCUAACAGCUGUCGGCCGCUUUUUUACUAAAAACAUGGUUAAAGCUUUAGAAUAUGUUGGACUUGCUCCACAAGGAAGCCAAAGAGUUCAAGACUUUCUAGAGAAAGCUGCUGAAGGGCUAGUCGAUGGUGGAAAGAAAGAGAUCUUCACGGCAAUGUAUUUCUUUGUGGCCCGGAAGCCACUUUCAGCUGCAGAUAGUCAGUAAAUUAGUAGUCCAGACUCGUUAACGGUCUCCGUGGUUUCAGAAUCUUCCUGGGGAUUCUAUCUCAUGGAGAAGAAGAUGUACCUUAGAGUUUCUCUGUGAUCAUGCUCACCUGACAUGGAAGUUGUCGAAGCUGCUUGUGUGUGUUUUAUCCUGUGUGUUUAUUAAUUAUUACCAUCUGUACUUGUAUUUGUACUUGUCAUCCUUGUCCACCCUUUGGAUACAGACAAUGAGAUAACGAAAUUUCGAUCCUGGUUCA